AUGAUGAUUAAUAAUUUAAUUCUAAAUUAAGCAUAAAUGUUCUUGAAUAUCAAAAUUAAUGGUAUUAUUUUGAUUCAUUUUAUUUCCAUAAAAAAUAGAAUGUAAAUAAUAAUUAUUAAAAAUGAAGAAAUUUUGAAAAAUGAAAUUUUGAAUGUCUUACCUUUGAAAGAUUAUAAGACAAUUUAAAAAAUUGGAGGUGAUUUUGUGGUUGUAGAUUCCACAUUUUUUAAUAUUAUCAAUGGAGAUAAAUUUGCUUCAUUUCCAGGCAAAAUUAAGCCAAUUGUUUUUGCCGAUUCUGCUAUUUAAUUAGGAAAACCUUGGGAGAUAUGUACAUGUAAGCAAUCCAACAAGUAAUUUAAUAAACAAAGAUUAUGUAUAUCUUAUUACAUCAAUUUAUACUUCAAGAUUUCAGCAUUGCGAUUAGUUUACAUUACUGGAUGGUUUAAUAUUAACGAAAUAAUUCAAACUGAUAAAGUUAUGACAUUUUAAUUUAUUAAAUUGACUUCAAAUAUGUAAAAUACAUAAUUUUAGAACCAAAACAUAUCUCCUUUACUAUUUUACAAGCUUUCACAAAAUCUAAAUAAAUUAAUUAUUACAACAUAUAGUUACACAUUUCCAUCAGUUACUUUAGAUUUUACUAAUGACCCGUUUUUAAUAACCAAAGUAUUCCAGGUUUUGAACAAUAUAAAGUUAUGGCAUCUUAUUUAUGUACAAUCAGAGGGUGAUGAAUUGUCUGUCAACAUCAAAUUUUUUGAGAAUAGGUAAAAUUAUGAGUAUUUCACUAGAUACAUUUUAGUCUCUUUUUAGGCAAUUUGUAAAAAUCUCCUAUUAAUUAUAUUAAUAUCGUAAGUAGGAAUCUAUAUUUUUUUUAAUUGCAAUCAAGACUUUUAAUAAGAAAAUUGUCAUAUUACUUGUGGGGAAUGUGAUGGUCCAACUUAUCAAGAUUGUGUAUCUUGUUCCAUAGAAUCAAAAAGAAUAUACUUUCAAGAAUAUAAAUACUGUAUAUAACUUUAAAAUACUAUUGAUUACAAUGAUUAAUGUUUAGGUUAUCCUGACUUUGGCUUUUAGUUAAUUUCAGGCAAAGAAUAAUAUAAUGGGUGCAUGUAUGGACAAUUCGAGCUUAAUGGUUUAUGA